AUGCCCCAGCCCGUGGUUUGGUUCCUUUCUGUAUUCAUCCUGAGUGUCUCUACUACUGGUAUAGCUCAUGGUCUCAUUGAUGGGGAGAUACCAGCCUUUGACACAAACCCCUAUUCUCCUGGCUACAGUAGUCAUCGACAGCACGUCUGCGACAGAUACGAACUGUACCGUAAUGGAGACAUUGAGCUGAAGGACGCCCUCGCUGGUCUAGCGCUACAACCUGUCUUUAUCCAAGGCGACGAUUACGUCAACAGUCCAGAUGGAGGGAUUGCCAUUGAGUUGCUCGAUGCAGUGGCGGAACGCGCAUUUUUCACAUGGCGGAAAUCCUUUGGCGUCACGGCAGCGCCGCACACGUACAACAUGACAUCCACAGAGAUGCUGCUCUGGAGUGUGGAAAAUUACGAUAUAUCGAUUGACGCAUGGGAUCAUUCCGUCGAACGAAUGGAAUUUGGCGUCACGUUCACAGAGCCGUGGUUCGACUCGAGCUUUAUUUUGAUUGACAGAAGGAGAAACCUGCGACAAUCCAAUUCCAUAGAUCUCUUCAAUUGGACCAAACCUUUUGAACCAGCUGUUUGGGGAAUGAUUGUCUUCACAAUUAUACUGUCAGGACUUGUAUACCAGGUCAUUGAAUAUCUCAAUGGAGAGAGGGAAGAGAGGUCUCUGUACCAAUGGAUGUCCGACAACAUUUAUCUCAGUGCCAUCAAUUUCUCCCAAAACUUUGAAUAUGCCCCCAGCAGCCUGGCUGGAAGAAUAUUUGGGGUCAGCAUGACACUUUGGGCACUGGUGAUCACUGCUACAUACACGGCAAAUCUCGCCUCUCUGUUUGUGGAUUCCAAAUUAGAGCCCGUUUUGGUGGACUCUAUGGAAUCUGCCGUAGUGUAUGGGUAUCGAGUCUGUACGGUGGACAACACCAACAUGGACUUUUACAUUCGAGAUACGUAUCCAAAGGCGCUCCGGGAAGCCAGAGAAAGUCACCUGGCCGCUUUUGACGCAUUACGAAAUGGUGAAUGCGAAUUGCUCGUGGCGGGGUUUGAUGAGUGGCACAGCGUUCAGCUAAUGGAAGCAUUCAACCCGGACUGCGAUUUGGAGUGGGUGGGUGACAUUAUCAAGAAAAGCCAUGCAGGAUUUGCAGUUAUAGCCGAUGCGGGGGACAAAUGCAGCAGCUUGGUCCGAGAUGUCGUAAAUCUUCACUUGGUAAAUCUUGUGGAAGAAGGGUUCCUAGAAGAGCUCAAAAGAAAAUACAGAGCAUUGGAUGAUGACGGAGUUUGCGCCUACAAUGAUGAUGACAACUUUGAUGGGUCUAACCGGCAACUUUUGACGCCGACAAACCAAGAGGACGAGAUGCCUUUGGGUACCAGUCUUUCGUCCGAGCAUAGAAUGCUGAAGGGCGGUGGUGCAAAGGCAGCAGGUGGAGCAACCGCUAAUGCGGAUACACUGACAGUAGAGCAAAUGCUUGGAACGUUUGUUGUGCAUUGGGGGGCCAUGGCUGUUGCUCUUGUGGUGAGUCUCAUUGCCACGUACGCACAGAAACUUGGUUGUUUCCACAAAGAGGGGCAGAUUGUGGAAAAGGUAACCAACAGGACGCAUGGACCGAUCAUUGGUCAGCCACCACCAAUCAACACGUUUGUGGUCCGCAAUUACAACGGAAUGGAUAUCAGCCACAGCUCGCGAAAUGGCCGCAUGCAAGAGAGCAGCCCUGUUAGCAGCAAUGUCAACCUUGCAGAAAUUAUGGGUAGAAUGAACGACAUGGAAAGAGCACUGAAUGCCCAGUCGGCCCAAUCGACCGCGAUGCAAAAAACUCUUGUUGCCCAAAACGCAAUGAUGCAUGAUAUGCAACAGCUGUUGAAGGCAGUGUACAAGGAGCAUGAUGUAUGA